AUGUCCUCCAUUCACCAACCUCCGAGCCCUCCCGUUCUCUACUCGUUUGAGUCCCAGAAUGAGCUGAGCGAGAAGCUCGCUGCCUUCAUCGCUAAAGCACAGAAAGAAGCUGUCGAUAAGAAGGGCAGGUUCACUGUUGCUCUCUCAGGCGGCUCCCUGCCGAAACAGCUUUAUAAGCUCAUUGAUAACCCAGCUGUAAAAUGGGACAAAUGGCAGGUCUUUUUCGCCGAUGAGCGCUGCGUUCCGUUGGAUCACGAAGACUCGAACUACAAUCUUUGCCAGAAAGAGCUAUUCAGCAAGGUCCCCAUACCAAAAAAAAACAUUCACCCCAUCGAUGUCUCCCUCUUGGACGACCUCGAGGAGCUCGCAGACGCGUACGAGAAAGCGCUUAUUACCGAGUUUGCUCAAAAAGACUCUGCUCGUUUUCCCGUCUUCGACCUCAUCCUCCUCGGCAUCGGUCCAGACGGACACACCUGCUCCCUCUUCCCGGAACAUCCUCUGUUGACGGAAGAGGACAGGUGGGUUGCGUACAUCGAGGACUCACCAAAGCCUCCUCCAAAACGCAUCACUUUGACAUUCCCGGUUCUUAACCAUGCUCUACGCGUUGCAUUUGUUGCAGCGGGCGAGGGAAAAGCUGAUGUUCUCAGCACUAUAAUUGAUAACCCAGAAGUGGGCUUGCCUGCUUCUCGCGUCAGACCAUCGCACCCAGGCCAGGUGUGCUGGUAUGUCGACAACGCUGCCUCAGCCAAGGUCAAGUACCAGAGGUCGGAGUUCAAGCUAUGA